GCGAGGGAAGCUGAGGUCUGGGUCUGGGUCUGAGCGGGAGCGGCACACACAUUGUUGACACUACUGCCGGGACACGUGGAGGCAGCACACCGGCUCACUUUUCCUCGUGUGUCUUUGCAUUAUGCGUGGCGGAAUGGAACGCUCAUAUUUCUGGGGUAUUACUCUUGAUGCAGCUCACAAGGAACAGAAGUGGGAGGGAACAGCCACAGAAAACACUGUAGACUGCACCGUCACCACACACUCCCUCUCCGUCAGGCAGGUGGUGUUGGGCCCCGAUGCCAAGGUAGGGGAGGCCAAUGUGGUGGAGCUGGAGGUGAUGGGCUUCAACGACAAGAAACAGAGAAUUCCCAUUUACGUGUCCAAAGUGGGCGGUUCCUAUGUAUCCAGUGUGGAGGUGGUAGUGGAGGACCAGGCAGCUACGUUCCACCUCACCAAGGGGUCUGGGCCAGUGUACCUCAGUGGGACUCACCAGACAGAGACCAAUGUGAUCGGGGAGGAUGACAUUGAGGAGCUGGCCGAGGAGGAUGUCGAGGAUGAGGAGGAGGAUGAGGAUGAGGUGGUGGAGGACUCGCCUCCAAAAAAGAAGGCAAAGAAGUAGAAGUGUCUGCAACGGUCACACACACACGCAUACAGACACACAAACACACACGCCAGCUAAACUUCACAUCAUUGCCACAUUUUUCUAUUUGAACCACUGAUGAUGAUGAUGAUGAUGAUGAUGUCAACAAGCCAACCUCCCAUCUUGUCUGCUGCUGAAGAAUGGAAGGAUGGAUGGAUGGAAGGAAGAUUUGCUUUUAUGUAACUCUCUCUCUCUCUCUCUCUCUCUCUCUCUCUCUCUCUCUCUCUCUCUCUCUCUCUCUCUCUCUCUCUCUCUCUCUCUCUCUCUCUCUCUCUCUCUCUCUCUCUCUCUCUCUCUCUCUCUCUCUCUCUCUCUCUCUCUCUCAUUGGCAGUGAGUUACAAAUUGAUUUCUUUUUUCUAUUUCUUCCUUUUUUUUCCUUCCUCCUCCUCCUCUUACUUUUCUUUAUUUCUCUUUAUUUCUUCUUCAUUCUUAUUUUUCCUUCCUCCUCCUGUUCUUCUCUCCUCCUCCUCCUCCAGAUCUCUCGAGUUGGAAGCACGUGAUUGGUUGGAUCAGUUCUAGUCACCAGCCAAUCCCGUAGCAGAAGCGACCCCAAGCCUUGUGUCCCGUUUUUUAUGAAGUGGUCAGACUAUUUUAUUAUUCUUCAAUUUAGGGUUCUGUGUUUUGACAUUUUAAAAUUAAAAAUAAUAAAAAUGUAUGAGUACUUUUUUUUUUAAACUACAAUAUACCAUGAAUAAAUUUAAAUACUGA